AUGGCGCCAACUCCCAAGGCAAGAAAGACCACAGCCGCAAAACCAGCCGCAGCAGCACCCGGCCCAGCCAGCGCAGCCCGCAAGACCAAAUCCACAGCCGCAGGAAAGCGACCUGCCGGAAAACGUACUUCAAAUGUACAACCCGGCGACCCAACACCAACCGGUAAAAAACGCCGCUACAAACCCGGCACAGUCGCCCUCAAAGAAAUCCGCCGCUACCAACGCUCCUAUGACCUCCUCAUCGCAAAACUCCCCUUCGCCAGAUUAGUCCGCGAAGUCGCCCUCGAUCUCCUCCCCGCUGAAGUCGGCGCCGAAUUGCGCUGGCAGUCUCACGCUAUCCAGGCUCUGCAAGAAGCUGCGGAGGCGUUUAUGGUGCAUUUAUUCGAGGAUACGAAUUUGUGUGCUAUUCAUGCGAAGCGUGUUACGAUUAUGCAGAAGGAUAUUCAGCUUGCGAGGAGGAUUCGUGGUGUUUGGGGCGGUCUUGGUUGA